GACUGCUCUCUGCUGGACUGGAGGAUCCACACUGCAGACUGGAGAAACUCAAUGUGGAACAUGGUGGAGAGUACACAAUGAAACCUGGGCUUAGAAAAUAUGUCUGUGAUCUCACAUUGGACCCAAACACAGUAUACCGACUCCUCUCUCUGUCUGAGGAGAACAGAAAAGUGACACUGAGGUCAGAGGAGCAGCCGUAUCCUGAUGACCCAGAGAGAUUUGAGAACUAUGAACAGGUGCUGUGUAGAGAGGGUCUGACUGGGCGCUGUUACUGGGAGGUAGAGUGGAGUGGGAGAAGGGUUGAUAUAGGAGUGACAUAUAAAGGAAUCAGCAGGAAAGGAAGGGCUAAUGACUUUUGUCUUGGAUACAAUGACACGUCCUGGACUCUUUUCUGCUAUGACAACAGUUACAUUGCCAUUCACAAUAAUAAUCCCAUUGCCAUAGACGUCCGCCCCUCCAGCUUCCACAGAGUAGGAGUGUAUCUGGACUGGCCAGCCGGCACUUUGUCCUUCUACAGAGUCUCCUCUGACACACUGACCCACCUGUACACAUUCACCACCACAUUCACUGAGCCCCUCUAUCCAGGGUUUAGGGUUUGGUAUGAAGACUCCUCAGUGUCCCUGUGUCAAAAACAACAUGAUGUUUCACUCUAAUCAGGGUCAUGUUUCGUAAGACACACUGGAGCAGCAAUGUAGAAUAUCUCUCUAGUGUGUAAACCUCUCUAUCCAGGGUGUUUGGUAUGAAUAUCUCUCUAGUGUGUAAACCUCUCUAUCCAGGGUGUUUGGUAUGAAUAUCUCUCUAGUGUGUAAACCUCUCUAUCCAGGGUGUUUGGUAUGAAUAUCUCUCUAGUGUGUAAACCUCUCUAUCCAGGGUGUUUGGUAUGAAUAUCUCUCUAGUGUGUAAACCUCUCUAUCCAGGGUGUUUGGUAUGAAUAUCUCUCUAGUGUGUAAACACCUCUAUCCAGGGUGUUUGGUAUGAAUAUCUCUCUAGUGUGUAAACCUCUCUAUCCAGGGUGUUUGGUAUGAAUAUCUCUCUAGUGUGUUAACCUCUCUAUCCAGGGUGUUUGGUAUGAAUAUCUCUCUAGUGUGUAAACCUCUCUAUCCAGGGUGUUUGGUAUGAAUAUCUCUCUAGUGUGUAAACCUCUCUAUCCAGGGUGUUUGGUAUGAAUAUCUCUCUAGUGUGUAAACCUCUCUAUCCAGGGUGUUUGGUAUGAAUAUCUCUCUAGUGUGUAAACCUCUCUAUCCAGGGUGUUUGGUAUGAAUAUCUCUCUAGAGUGUUAACCUCUCUAUCCAGGGUGUUUGGUAUGAAAAAUGUGUAGUUGCAUUACUUUAAAUGAUAGGUGUGUACAAUCGUGUUACUCUGGUUGCAUAAAUUGUUGUUUUCACAUAAAUCCGUACGUAAUUCACCACGGCUGUCCACAUCUCGUGUUACUCUGGUUGUGUAAAUGGCUGUUUUCACAUAACUCUGUACCUAAUUCACCACGGCUGUGCACAUCUUGUCUGUUCCGAACAAAGUCUCUCCUCAUCCUCUAUUCUAAGAACCAACAGUUCUUGGGUCUCGUAAGAGAACACAGAGGAUUCUGACUAGUUGGCCACCUCAUCCACUAGAUAUGUGUUGGUUCGACACAUUGAGUCAGUUGUGGUGGAACCAGCCAUGACUAAGCAUUAAUAGGUUUACUAUAUGAGACCUCUGUUGGUUUCUGUAUGUCAGAGCUCUUGGCCCAACACUCAAGAGUGUGGGGUCGACCAGCCUCAUUAUUGCAGGGCUCUCAACGAAUCACUUAUGGGUGCAGUGAUUCAGGGCAGGUGGAGCUGUUAUGAGCCCCAAAUCUUUACCAACAUAAAUCAAAUCCCACCCAAAAAUGGUGGCUUGCUUGUUUUGCAUGUUAUUUUGGCAUUAAUAUGUGACACAUAUCAGUUUGCAAACAAUGUAAUUUUUUAUAAUAUAUGUAUCAUUGAAUUAAUAAAGCUCUAUAGAAACAUG